UGGAUGGAUGGAUGGAUUUUAGUUUCAUGCACUUGCACAGUGCUAUACACAGGAGUGCAGGAGUGUUGGCUGUUGGUUGGGGCGGAGAUGGUGCGUUGCACUUCCUGGUUGAUACAGAGGUGGUACAGAGGAAUGAGACUGUGUGCCAUGACGAUUGGCAGAGCGAGGUGACCCUGUUUAUUGAACAGGGGAGCACAAUCACCUGUCCAGAUGUGAGGUGCUAUACAUCAGCUCCAAUAGAAGCCAUCAGGUGGUACAAGAAUAAUUUCUCCAGCAGGAAGUCGGACCUGCGUCCGGGUGGCCGGCUCUUUCUAGGAAACAUCAAUGAGGACGAAAAGGCAAAUGUCACCUGCGACCUCAGCUAUGUGGAAGAGCUGCACUGGACCUUCAGAAGGACUGUCAGAGUUAAAGCUAUACCGCCGGACACCAAGUCCCUGCCCUACAUCCUGUAUCCCCACGGUAACAAGACAGAGGAAGUGGAGCUGGGAAAGCGUCAUACACUCACCUGUAAGGUACAAUUCGGUUAUGAGAGGAACUCCAGUGCAAUGGUCAGAUGGUGGGUCAGAUACCAUGACAACGGCAGCAUUGGAGCUUUGGAGAUGGACCGUCCCAAGAUAGUGCAUCCCUACAUCUGGGAAAGUACCACCAAUUACAGUGCACACCUGCAGCAAGUGACCCAGAGGCACCUGGAAGCAACAUUCACCUGCUGGGCACAGAACUCCAGAGGCAAUGCCAGUGGUACCAUCAGACUACAGAGAAGACCUGAAGUGGCUGGACUCUUACUCAUUAUUGUGGGGCCUGCUGUCACAGUGGUGCUCAUAAGUGGAAUCAGCAUAUUAGUGCGGAUUUAUUGGCUGGAGAUUUACCUUUUGUACAGAACCUACUUCUCACUGGAAGAAACAGCCUCAGCAGGAAAGGAGUAUGACGCCUUUGUGUCGUAUGUGAGUGACUCUUCCUCAGAGGAGGAACACAGCACACAGACAGGGGAGACCCUGGGAAUGCACCACCUGCCCAAUGUGCUGGAGAAACAGUAUGGCUACAGGCUGUGUCUGCAGCAGAGAGACCUGGCACCUGGAGGAGUGUACACAGAGGACGUGGUGUGGGCGAUGCAGAGGAGCAGGAGAGUGAUCUGUGUGCUGAGCUCCUGUUACCUGCGCAGCAGCUGCCUGUUUGAGCUGGAGACCAGCCUGGAAGCCCUGCAGCAGGACAGAGGCCUCCGGCUCAUCCUGGUGUGGAGCAGCCCGGCACCUCCCUGCCUCAAAGGCCUGCCCCUGCCCCCCACCAUCAGGCGGGUCCUGAGAGUGCUCCCUGCGCUCCACUGGAGCCCUUCCCAGCUCAGGCCCUCCCAGGGACCCUUCUGGAAGGCCCUAAAGCGGGCCAUGCCGAUCAGCCCCCUGCCACCGCCAUCAAGCUCUGCACCGAAGGGUGGGCUACCUGGGGAGACAUAGCUGUGUGCUAUCACACCUCCAUCCAUCUACACACACAUUCAUUCAUUCAUUCAUUAUCUUAACCCGCUUAUCCUGAACAGGGUCGCAGGGGGGCUGGAGCCUAUCCCAGCAUACAUUGGGUGAAAGGCAGGAAUACACCCUGGACAGGUCGCCAGUCCAUUGCAGGGCACACACACCAUUCACUCACACACUCAUACCUACGGGCAAUUUAGACUCUCCAAUCACCCUAACCUGCAUGUCUUUAGACUGUGGGAGGAAACCGGAGUACCUGGAGGAAACCCACGCAGACACGGGGAGAACAAGCAAACUCCGCACAGCCGGACGGGGAUUCGAACCCAGGACGUCCUUGCUGUGAGGCGGCAGUGCUACCCACUGCACCAUCCAUGCCACCUCUACACACACAUGAUCUGUCUAUACAAUCAUAAAAACUGUUAUCAUUGAGUCAUUUAUCCAUGUAUUUAUUUGGAAUUUUAGGUAAAUAGCAGUGCACCGACUCUUGAUUGUAAAUCAUGUGCCGUCUUGUGUUUUGUGAAAAGGAAAAAAUGAAUGGGCUCUCUCUGUUGUUACAAGGUGAAGAUGGAGUGACCUUUGGAUAAGAUGGUCUGCUAAUGGCAAUGAAGGACAGGUUUAGCUCCUGUGACUAAAAGCAGCCACUUCAGGAAGGCAUUAUUUAAAAUGUGUGAAGUUUCCAAAGUGUCUGUCUUCAAUGGAACGCUUUUUA